AUGUCCAGUACACGUGUCCAGGCAUGUCUCAAACUUGUACACGGAUCGUCAAAGCAAGUCACAGUAACCUCACAGUCCUCGCCUGCGGAGCCCCAUCAACGCGAGGGAAGACAGAAAGCGAAGCGUUUGUGUAGGACAGGGCGGAGGUACGUAUAUCCCGUACGGCAUUCAAACGCCUCCAGACUCGCGAAUAUUUGGCCGCUGCGUCCCGCGUCACGCCCUGCGCGGCAAGAGGAACUUUUCUGGGGAAGUUCAAUUGGCAACUUGCGAGUCUCGAUGGCAUCGUUCGUUCGCUCGGCCGCUAUCGGGAAAUCGGGAAAUCGGGAAAUCGGGAACCGUACCGCAAAGCGCAAGCUCGAGCCGGUGAGUGCUCGCCUCACUGAUUCAAACGCGAGUGGUGAGUGGAACGCUGAAAGUCAAGAAAGUGGCCACGGAACUGGUUGCGGUGAUUGAUUUUUGUCACUCUUUCCUUGAACAGUUCAACGUAGCAUUGGUACAGAAUCCAUCUAGCAAUCAUAUAUGCAGUACAGUACGCAGGGAUAACUCUUUACAAUGUCCACUUUCUUUGCUUUGCCGGCUUCUUUUCCUUCAUCUACACGGUCUUCUGUCCUUUCGGUCCUCACAUGUGAAUUUAUACGGUGUAAUAACAUUCAGUACUGUAGUGAUCAUGAACCCUGUCAAGGAUAAAUAAUCGUUUGAAAUGUGAGAAUUGGAAGUAAAAGCUUCGUGCUAUGUACGAGUAGCCUUCCAUAACUCUUUAUGCUUAGAGUAUCGUCAAGCCUCGUGGUUCUAUGAAAUUUUACCUUGUUAUAGGGAAUAUCCUUUGUGAGACACGGUCAUGGAUGGAAAUUCUUG